AUGGGGAAUUGCAGUGCUUCACAGAGUAGGGAGCCAUCCGGCAACAUUUGUAAUAGCAAAGAAAGUAAAAGCAAAAGGGAAAGAAAAGACAGCCACCGUAAGCCAAAAAGGCAGCACAAAGAGUUAAAAGCAGCUGCUCAUGACUGCCUCUUCAUGCUGGAAAAUCCAAGCAAUGAAAUCAAGAAAAGGCUGGAAUUUCCCGUGAAGAUAUAUGCCGGAAAAAAAUUUCCAGAUCUUUCCAACAAUAAACUUCAUGGUCGGAUUUUGAAAUCUGAGUUAGGAGGCCGGAAGAGUUUGGCUUAUCUGAACCUUGCCCAAAAUUUUCUGACAUACAUAGAGCACCAUCCAUGGAGGAAUAUUGUAACUCUUGAUCUUUCAAACAACAUGCUCCAAGGAUCUCUUUUGGUUCCACCACCUAAAACUGACACUUUCCUGCUUUCGAACGAUCAAUUGACUGGGCUGAUUCCUCCGUCUAUCUGCAAUUUGAGUUCCCUUGUGUUUCCUUCCUUGUCCAGCAACAAUUUGAAUGGAAGAAUUCCACAAUGUUUUGGAAGCUUUGGGCUUAUUGUUAUGUUGCACUUGCAGAAGAAUAAUCUUCAUGGUAGCCUUCCUGAUUCAUUUGCAAAUUUAAGUUCCCUGAGGAGCCUUGAUCUUAAUGGUAACAAGUUUGAAGGGCGUUUAGCAAGAUCCUCGGUAAAUUGUAGUCGGCUGGAGGUUAUUAAUGUAGGAAAUAACAACAUACGUGACGAAUUUCCUUACUGGUUGGGAACUCCUCCAGAGCUGAAAGUUGUUGUCUUGAGGUCUAAUAAAUUUUAUGGUCCCAUACAGUAUUCCAAAUCUUUAUUCCAUUUCUCCAAAUUGCAGAUUCUACACCUCUCUCAUAAUGAAUUCAAAGGUUUUCUGCCCAGAAAAUUGUUUCAAAGUUUGGCAGCUAUGUCGCAUGUUGCUUACCUGAGGCCCAGUAUACUGGAGAUUAUUAUUACAAUGAUUAUGUAG